CAUAUAAAUACCCCUUUUUCGGUGUUGGCCACCUCCUUCCUUCCUUUCCUCCAAAGGCCAAAACCCUUCCUCGCUUACUCUACCUGGCCAUAUUUUAUAUUCUGCUUAGGGUUUUUGUGCCUUUUCGUGCUCGUCUGCGCACAUCGGUUCGGAGAAAUUUGUGUCUCGCCGUCCAUUCGAAGUAUUUCCUGGCGGACGAGUGCUAAGAAAUGGCGUUGUCUUCUGCGAUCCUUAGAUCUGCCUCGUCUGCUGUUUUGGACUGUGAUGCCUUCCGUUCGUCCGGUGGAUUUAAGGUUUCAUGCAACGGAAGUAUCCACAAUGCUGGCGCAGUAAAAUUCCAUAGUAGUAUCACUGGAACUAAGGUUCAGCUGGACUCAUCCUCCUUAUUACAGAACUCUGUUUCCGGCAGGAUUCUGCCCAUUAAGGCAACAGCAACAGAGACCCCUCCUGCAGUGCCAAAAUCACGUAGCAGUGGAAAAACAAAAGUCGGUAUCAAUGGGUUUGGACGCAUUGGGAGGUUAGUUUUGCGGAUAGCAACUUUCAGAGAUGAUAUUGAAGUGGUGGCUGUUAAUGAUCCCUUUAUUGAUGCUAAAUACAUGGCGUACAUGUUCAAGUAUGAUUCAACUCAUGGACCAUACAAGGGAACCCUCCGAGUAAUUGAUGAAUCUACUCUGGAAAUUAAUGGAAAGCAGAUCAAAGUCAGCAGCAAAAGGGACCCGGCUGAGAUUCCUUGGGGAGAUUUGGGGGUUGAGUAUGUUGUCGAAUCCUCUGGGGUUUUUACAACAUUGGAGAAGGCAUCUGCACACAAAAGGGGGGGUGCCAAGAAAGUUGUAAUCUCAGCUCCAUCUGCAGAUGCUCCUAUGUUUGUAGUUGGUGUUAAUGAGAGUUCUUACAAAGCAAGCAUGGAUGUAGUGUCCAAUGCUAGCUGUACCACCAAUUGCCUUGCUCCUUUGGCCAAGGUUGUGCAUGAAGAAUUUGGCAUUGUUGAGGGUCUAAUGACAACUGUCCAUGCUACCACAGCCACACAGAAGACUGUUGAUGGUCCUUCAAUGAAAGAUUGGAGGGGUGGGCGUGGUGCAGGGCAGAAUAUCAUCCCUAGUUCUACUGGUGCAGCUAAGGCUGUUGGGAAAGUGCUUCCAGAACUUAAUGGCAAGCUCACUGGAAUGGCUUUCCGUGUUCCAACACCUAAUGUAUCUGUUGUAGAUUUAACUUGUCGGAUUGAGAAGGAUGCUUCUUAUGAAGAUGUGAAAGCAGCCAUCAAAUAUGCAGCAGAGGGUCCACUCAACGGCAUUCUUGGUUACACGGAUGAAGACGUAGUCUCCAAUGACUUUGUUGGUGAUUCAAGGUCUAGCAUAUUUGAUGCAAAGGCUGGGAUCGGGCUUAGCAAGUCCUUCAUGAAGCUCGUCUCGUGGUAUGAUAACGAGUGGGGUUACAGCACCCGAGUUUUAGAUCUGAUAGAGCACAUGUCCUUGGUAGCAGCCAAUAGUAAGUAACUGCUGGCUCUCAAAGAAAGGUUUUUGAUUGGGAAGUAGUUGCAAAAUCAUUGCUGCUUCUUAUUAGUUGAAAUUUAGUGACACUUGCCAUUGCAACAAAUCAAUCUGGGCAUGCCAAUAAUGUGUGACACUACCUAGAAUAGAAAUAUAUGUAUUUUUAUUUAAUAUUGCGACAAACCAAUUUGUGCCCGCAUUGCAUGUAAUACUAAAUAUAUUCGACCUUGAAUUUGGUUUUCUUCAAUUUUCCUGAGAAAUGAGGAUUAGAUUUGAAAGUUA